AUGAUUUAUUAUCUGGCGAUGUCAUACUCUGUUAGUUUGCUUCGUUUGCCGUACCGUACCACCCACGAAUCGACUCAUAGAAUUAUCCUAAUGGACUCAUUGAAAGGGUUAGACCGUACGCAAGUGGUUCGUCUCCUUGAGCAGAGUCUAAAGGAUCUUGGAUAUGACUCAUUAAGCAAGAGGUUACAACAAGAGAGUUCCAUCCCUCUGAAUGACAUAGAAGUGGAUGACUUCCUCGCGCUACUGGCCGAACACGAAUUUUGCGCCGCAGAGAAGGCGGCAGGUUGCUUAAAGCUAGAUCCAAGUGAUUUUUUAAAGGUCUCUUUUCUUUUGAAAAAAUGUUACUUUUUCAGUUUAAUUGAUAAUGGACAAAGGGACGAGGCUCUUAAUUUAUUACGUACUGAGAUCAGCCCGUUGCAGAACAAAUUAGGUUGGAUCGAAGGUGAACUCAGAGAUAUGGCAUUGGUCUUACAAAAGGAAGCCUCACAAGAUGCGGCGUCCACUCUUGAUGUUAGAUGGCCUUCUAUUGAUGAAAUUAUACAAGAGGUAUCCCGGAUGGUGGAUCCUGGCAGACUGUUUCCUCCUGGAAGACUUGUACAGCUUAUCAAACAAGCAGAAUUGCACCAACAAGCAGUGGCGCCUUUGGGUGAAGUCAGUGUAAUUGAAGGUGCGGAUGGCACCAAUACAGAUGAAAAGGUGGGAAAGAAGCCAACCAUUAACGCAUACCCGAUCCUACAAGAUUACUGUAACCACAAGCUACAUUAUCAGUGCAGCUACGUUCUUGAUGAUCAUAAGGAUGAAGUCUGGUUUGUUCGUUUCAGUCAUUCGGGCCACUAUCUUUGUUCGACAUCUUCCGACCAAACGGUUCUAGUAUACAAGGUUGGGGCACCCUACAAAGUGUGCACUAUUUUGAAAGGCGCAACCAAAGCCAUUAUGUAUGCCUCCUGGAGCCCUAACGAUACUAAGAUCCUCACUUGUAGUCUGGAUUGCCAUAUUCGAAUCUAUAAUGCAAAUGAUGGUGAACUUAUCAAUUCGAUGGAAUUUCCUAAUCGUACUAAAGUAUGGACAUGUGAAUGGAUAGAUAAUUACCAGUUUGUCAUAGGAUCCCCAGACAAAAAGCUUAUAAUUUUGGAUCAGGACUUUAAAACUGUGUAUAGUUGGCAGGCCCAACACCGAGUCAGCGAUCUUUGCAUAGCUCGUGAUCCUGCUCGGGUCUUGACUAUAUCCCAUGAUCAUCAUGUGCAUAUAUAUGACGUUGCUAGUAGGCGAUUGGAACAUACUAUCCGGAUAGGAAAGCGGUUAACAUCUAUUACAGUAUCAAAAGAUGGGUCUCACUUUCUUUUGAGCAUUUCUCCUGAUGAGUUACAGCUUUGGGAUAUGCGACGCCUUGUACUAGUGAAUAAGUUUUAUGGCCAGCAGCAACCGAAUUACGUUAUUCGAUCCUGCUUUGGGGGCUUACAUGAUCAACUGGUUUUAAGUGGGUCAGAAGAUGGGCGAGUGUACGUCUGGAAUUCACAGCUUGGGAAUUUAGUGACAGCUCUUGCUGGGCAUCAGGGGUUGGUCAACUGUGUUGACUGGUGUAAUGGCAGCUUUGCCUCAGCAGGUGAUGAUAAAACAGUUCGAAUAUGGACCACAGCUGAGUGA